GUGCAUGUGUGUGUGUGUGUAUAUGUGCGUGUGUGUGUUUACUCUGAGAUCACCGGCUGUUUAAGAGCGAUUGAUCCUGAUCGCCUUUAAAGACCCUUGCAUUUUUGGAAGCUGUUUACUUUGAAAUCGAAGGUGCUUUGGAUAUAAUUCCAGCCUUUUGGAAUUUGAAACCCUGCUACCAUGGAUCAUACAAUAUUCAGCUGCCUGCGCAGCUCACAUACCCCAGCCCAGAGUCUGCACCACUUCUCUCAGUCUCCACUAGCACUUAACGGAAGAUCAGACCAUGUGGCUUUUCCAGACCUGUCUUCUUCUUGUAUCAUAGCUGGAUUUCCUAAUGAAGAAAACAUGUUUACAGCUCAGCGUCAUCAUCAUCACCUACAUCAUCACCACCGAGGUCACCAGCAGCAGCAACAACAAUCAGCUGCCCAAGCUACCUGGCACAUCCCCCAGAUCUCCUCGCCCCCUCCCCUGGCCAGGCACGCUCUCUGUGUCCAACCGGAGUCGGCCCCCCCCGAUCUAGGGUCGAAUCCUCAAAACUUGGUGGACUGCAACCCCGGCUUGACUGCCAACAACCCCAACGCGGCAUCUAGUGUUCCUGGGGAUUACGUGAGGCCGCCGGACACCCCCGUGGAGUCGGAGAAAAGGACCCCCAAGAGGAAAAGCGAUGGCUCAGAGACACAAGACAGCAGUUACAAGGGAGAAGUGAACAGCAAACCAAGGAAAGAAAGAACAGCCUUUACCAAAGAACAGAUUAGAGAAUUGGAAGCUGAAUUUGCUCAUCACAAUUAUCUGACCAGACUGCGAAGAUAUGAGAUAGCAGUAAAUUUGGACCUCACUGAGAGACAGGUGAAGGUGUGGUUCCAGAAUCGGAGGAUGAAAUGGAAACGUGUUAAAGGAGGCCAACAAGGAGCAGUUGCAAGGGAAAAAGAACUGGUUAAUGUGAAGAAAGGGACAUUACUGCCCUCUGAGCUCUCUGGGAUUGCCACAUCAGGUGGUCAUCAUGCUGGAGACAUUCUAUCAAAUGACGAAAGCCAGGACAGUGAUCACAGCACUGAACUUGGCCAUUUGUGAUGCAAGGAGAAAGAGAGCAAACCUCAGCAGAUUCUCAGGAAAGUAAUGGCACAAGGAGGAAGCAAAUCAUAUUGUCUUACAGCUUCCAUGUGUGAAUUCCCCUUGUGGACAUGGUGCAAACAUCAGAGCCUCUGAGCAUUCCAUAUUUGCAUUUGACAGUUGCACGAUUUGUGAACCUAUGCUUUGAUUUCCACUGUAAAUAAAAAAAAAUGGAAGUGAUGUUUAAAAAGCAAAAAAUGUAAGUUACACAGAAACCCAAUGAAGAACAAUGGGAAAACUUUCUCCAGUGUAACGAGUGGAGCAAAGUAAUCAACAAGUUUAUAAAGAAUGAGUAUACAAUCUUGGCAUGGAAGAAAUCUACAUCCAUAAUGGUAAAUGUAGCAUUUCAAUGUAAUUGAAAUUUUUAAGUGGAGCUCUGAAAGAGACAGCUACAAAAUGCAAAUGCCUUCACCAGUUCUUUAUUAUAGGUGCAAUACUUAUUCAAUUACAAUAGAAAAGUAUCUAUUAGAGCAGUAGCCACAUACACACUAUUGAACAUAUAUAUGGGAUUGUCCUGAUACUGUACAUACUGAAAAGUUGAUGAAGUUAAAACAAAUAUCUGCUCAACUAAACCUUAAAACACAUCUACCUUAGUGAUACAGCAAUGAUACCAAAAUCAAAUAAUAAUAUUUUAGCUUGUAGUCCUCUCAGACAUUUCAGUUACAUCAGUGAUAUCAGUCAACAUUCUGCCUAGUGUUGGAAACUUUAAUUUUAUGUUUCAAUCUUAUCAAAUUCUCUCAGAAAAAAAACACAUGUUAUGUACUUAGGUUAUACAAACAUGGAAAAUUUGCUUUGCUUGUCAUUUAUCUUUCUUAAAAAUUCAAUAGCAUUUCAAAAUCAUUAUCCAUUUUUGUUAAAUAGCAUCUACAGUAGCUAUUUCUAACAGUCAAGAAAAUAUUAUGGAAUAUCUAUUCUAUGCAAUGCCCUAGGAGACUCUCCAAUACAGAAUUGAUAAUACUCAUAUUAGUGUUAGUUCAAUGAUGAAAACUUGAUUAACCAUUUUACCCGUGGUUAGCAAAAUAGCCUCUUGGCAUUUUCCAGCAUCUGUGAAGUUUAUAUAGCAUUUCCAAGAUAUGUAAUGGUGACAAUCAGAACCAUUUACUGCACUCGUGUUUAAUGCAUGCCAGAUUUAGAGGUGUAAAAAUAGCACUGUAGAUUUUGUUUUUGGCUCCAAAAUAAUUAUUUGACAUUGUUGAUGUGAGUAACUUAUGACACUACAAAGGCAGUACUUAUUACAUGUUACACAUUUUAUUGAAAUGUAAUAAUUUGUUGAAACCUGUGCACAUCUGCCAAAUCUAAUUUCAAUCACUGUCUCAUUUAUGGUAUGUAAAGAAUGAAGAGCAAUCAAGGGUGAAAUACAAACUUAGAGCUCAAUUGAAAAAUUGAGGAUGUAAUUCUUGAUUUAUCAGGAAAUGCAAAGAUUUAAUCUUGGCAUUAGAAUAAAGUGAAUGACAAAUAGAGCAUGGGUCUUGUAUGUAAUGUUCAAUGACAGGAUGAACUAAGUGGCCAAAUAUUCCUCCUUUGU